AUGGCUCAACAAAAUUUGGUUGCUUUCAUAACUUUUACGGUAUCACUCUUCGGAAUUGUCAUCAACUUUUUGGUAUUAUUCUCAAUUGGUAAAACUGUUUCAAUGAAGAACUCAUUCGGAAUCAUAACCAAAAACUUAGCGGUGUGCAACAUCGUGAUGUGCGGUCUUGGACUAUUUUUCCUGUUUCCAAUGCAAUUAGCGCCGUCCAGUGUCUUGGUUGAUAAUUCUCAUUUUGUUGGAGUUGUGAGCGAGUAUUUUUACGAGAAUUCAAAUUUUUCACAUUUCUUAGUUUCACUCAACCGAUUUUGUGCCAUGUAUCUACCGUUAUAUUAUGCUCCAAUUUUUUGUGUCACCAAAACUAAAUUUUAUCUAACUUUUCUGUGGGCUGUAUCUAUCAUCGGAUGCACUGCGAUUUAUGAAGUUGCAAACUGUCAUCUAGAAUAUGAUGCCGAUUUCUGGAACUUGCAAUUCAUCAAAAUAUCUGAACUCUGCGAAGAGAUCACUUGGUAUUCUGAUUUUCUCAUCAACGCAGUACUGACCUUAAUCACGCUGAGUCUUGACCUACUGGCAGCCUAUAAAGGCAGGAAACUAUCACGAGCUCUACUUGGGGCCGCUGGCUUGGAAGUUUCUGAAGUUCAACGCAAGAGGGAAUGGAAUUUCGUGAAGCAGACGUGUUGUCAAGGCUUGGGCAAUUGUUUUGCAGUUCUUUCAUACUAUAUAUUUGCCCCGUUUCUCCAUGACGAUUGGAUUGUUCUCAAAUUCUUCAUCACCAGUUUAUGGAUGUUCAUGCAUGCAUUCGACGGAAUGAUAAUAUUCGCUUCAAACUGCGAGCUGAGAUCGGUUUUUUUCAAAAAGCAAAGGAACAGUUCUAUGAUUAAAGUAACUUAUUCAUCAAGAGUUUUGUGA